UCCGGCGGAUGGAGUUCUCCAUGGUUGAUCACCCACCCUGUGCCAGACAUUUGGGCGAUGAUGUGGCCAUCGCGGAGGGAGGCCAAGGCAGGACUAUGAUGUUUGUGCCUAAACCAGACACAAAAUGCCUUAUUUAUACUGUUUGGUGGCGAAACAAUGGUGGGAAUUCCACCCAGUGGCAGAUGGAGAAGACAAUCUCGCUGGAUUUUGACUGCUUAAUCGAGGGUGCAGUCGGGAGCCACUUGCUCCUAUAUUAUGUCGGAGUCUCGUCGGCCAAGCAAGGUUGUUACACGCAGGACGUCGACACAUUGCAGCUUGAGAGGGUGUGUUAUUCAUGUCCAAAACAGUCACAAGUAUAUUGCAACUUCCCACCAUCGUUAUUAUCAUCACCGACAGUGUCAAGUGUCCCACGCCACGCUGACCACCCAGGAGUGGAUGACGUUGUGUCGGCACCAGAACCACGAGAAGCUGACCCUGGAGGCGUGGAAGGACAUACUGGUCAAGAACUGAGGGACGUCGCCGGGGUACCGCCGUGCAAGCACGGUCGUCGCAGCGGGCGCUCGGGCUCCAGAACCCGUGGAGGCGGGUUCCGGUGGACGGGGAGAAGGAGGCUGAGGCUUGACCCGUGGUGGACGAGGGCCUGGGGGCGGAUGAGGGGCCAGAUCAAGGUGUUGUCCAGGACGGCUGCAGCCAAGUCUUUGGGCGGCAGUUAGCUAGAUGGCCGCUGUGGCCAAGUCCAUUUUAUAAAGUUUAUACUGUCGUCUACUGCGUGUUGGUCUUUUUGGUUUGCCGCCUGGUUUCAGAACACAAAAUGGUACCAUUGUUUCUUGUUUGUCAACACGCAAACGCCCGUUUUAGGUAUGAUGAACUGCGGAUUCACAACAUCCUAUGCUAGCUGAGCUGGGCUCAAGAGUGCAGCUUUCCGACUGAUAUG